CGUAAAAACACACCAGAUAGCCUAUUACCCGCCGGAUGAUUCUUAUCCCUGUGUCAGAAGGUGUGUCGCAGUGUCCCGUCGCCUGAGAAAAUGGAAGAAGAUUUAAUGCAGCAGGAAGAAUCCAGCGACAGUGGCAAUUCAUCAUCGUCGCCCUUCAACUCCCCACUCCGCUCGACUCGACUGCCCAUCCAGAGAAGUAAUGUCUGCUCUCGGGCUUACUUUGUUGUGGUCAUGGUCUUCUUCCAUGUCUACAUCCUGAAUGUUAUCGCCCUGCUGCUGUACGUGCACUAUAACAACGGCCCCGGGGAACUAGUUAAUGGUGACCGCGCCUCCUCAGCAUCUGUCAGCGAGGGUGGAGGCCCUUUGACCCAUCCUGCCCCACCUUCAGGAGAGCCCCAUGAGGAGGACUACAGUCAAAGUUUCAGUCUUCCUCGCAUUGAGGGGAUAAGGGUGGGACACGUUCAGCACCUCUCUCUUGUGUCAGACAGGACACACGAAAUGAAGACGCUCAGCCUGAAGCCUCUGCUUUUUGAGAUCCCUGGCUUCCUGUCAGAGGAGGAGUGCCGUGUGGUGGUGCAGCUGGCUCAGCUCAAGGGUCUGAUGGGGAGCCAGAUGACAGCACCCAGCCAGGGACAAGAGGACUCAAACCAGCCACUACUUUCUCUCAGCACAGAGGAGGUCUUCAGUCUGUUGGACCUAAACCAGGACGGGAUGCUGCAGAAACAGGAGAUUGUGAGUCACUCGCGCUCUCGAGAUGGGACUUGGUUGAGCCCAGACAACUUACGGCAGAUACUCACUGGUCUGGAAGCCUGCCCAACAGGGAUGCUGAACUUGGAGGAGUUUAGGCGUGUUUAUGAUGUGUCCCAACGCCCAGGACAAGAACGAAAUGGGAAGCUCCAGACUCAGUUCAAACAGAGAAAUAAACAUACAUGGCUUUAUCAAGGCUUGGGAUCCCACCAUGUGUUGCACACACUCAGGAACAGAGUUACCAGUCUGACACGUCUGCCUUCUGCAUUGGUGGAUGUGAGUGAGCCACUGCAGGUGAUUCGCUAUGAGCAUGGAGACUUUGGUAAUGCCCACUAUGACAGCAGCCCUUCCCAUUCAGAGACUACCUGCGCACACACACGACUGGCGGGAAACACAUCUGCUCUUACAGAAGUCUCGUGCAGGUAUCUUACUGUGUUAUUCUACCUCAGCUCUGUAGAGGAAGGUGGUGAGACCACCUUUCCUGUGGCAGACAAUCGUACCUACGAUGAGCAGGCUCUGGUUCAGGAUGGAGUUGAUUUGACAGACACCCAGGAGACAUGCGGUAGAGGGAACCUGAGACUAAAACCUACUGCUGGGACAGCUCUACUCUGGUACAAUCAUCUCUCUGAUGGUAGAGGUUGGAUGGGUGAGCUUGAUGAGUAUUCCCUGCACGGAGAUUGCCCAGUCAAGCGCGGGGUGAAGUGGGUGGCCAACAGCUGGGUAAAUGUGGACCCAGACCACCAGCAGCAGGCCCGCUACCAGAGACUAGUUGAUCAAAGGCAUCGAGCUAAGUCGGGCAUGGAGGAGCAUUACCAACCUCUCUCGCACAGUGACCUCCACCAGGAUCUAUAGCCAGGCCCUUUUAUUGACAAGAUAAAGCAACCAUCAUUUUAAAACUGAGUCAGUCUCGCAUCUAUGAAGCCAGUGAGGCUGGGCAGACCUUUCCACAAUGUCAAAUGCUGUAGUUGAAAUGAAAAAUUUGCACAAAAUAGAGUCCCAGAUAUCCUCUCCUUUCAGUAAAUCUUUCUUGCAUUAUAUUUCUCUCAAGCCACUGCCUGAAUAUUCACAUUUAUUCAAUACAAACGUCAAUAUCAUUAGGAAAGUUAGGUGAAUUUUCAUACUGAGUUGUGGUGGGCAGAUGCACUGGUUUCCCCAUAAUUAAUUUAUAAUACUUAAAUACUGGUUUCCUUACAAUUAAUUUAUAAUACAUAAAUAACAAAUACAUUUAACAGAGUGAAUGCAAUUUUCUAUGAAAUCCCGCCUUAAACAAAACAGGAUAACAAGAGAUACAUGAAUUCCAUGAUGUGAGUUGGAUGUAGUCACAUCUAAAGAGAUAAACUUAUCUGCCUUCCAUGUAGAUUUACUAAGCAUCUGCCCCUGUUGCAGGUCAGUGUUAUUUAUUGUUAUAGAAUUUAAGCCUUCUGUUAUGAGCCAUAUCACCAUACUCAUCUGUAAAUGUGUUCCUAAGGGACAUUUUUUGUGAGAUCAUCUAUGUCUGUUCUGUUCUUCUGUUUUAUUUCCGGGGUUAAUGAGCUUUUAUCAUGAUAUAUUAUAUUUAAUAAUGGUUUGCCACGCCUACUGCAAAUGCAGGACUCUUUCUAGACUGGACAAAAUGAUUUAUUGUCAUACUGGCUGUGAGAGGCCAGUCCUUCAGGUGUAACUUCAAGCUUCGGUAUUUAAUAUUGAAACUUUUUCCCUUCUUCGCAACCCAAAAAUAUUUAAUUGUCAGAGUAUUUAUUUGAGUGUUAUUUAUUGCCACCUCUUGAUGAUUUAAGUUAAUGGAAUGCAUAUUUAUUACAGCUUGAUGUUGCACUGAAUCUGUCACUGUAUUUUAUUGUAUUUGUUUUAUGUUAUGAAUUCUAUAAAGCAAUGUUUUACUAA